AUAUGAAGUUAACUCUGUCUUUCCAACUUUGACCACGCAAGAUAUCAAGGAACAGGAACUUAUGGUAGAUGAAAGCAACAAGUUGGUACAGAGUUACAUCGAUGAUAUUGAGUAUCUGGAACAGGAAAUAGAGAAUAUCACGGAGCAUGUUAAGACCGUUCCUCCUUCUGACACAACCCAUGAAAGCACGGAUGAUGUCCAUCGUAUCGACACAAAGUUUAAUGAAAUACCCAUAAUCGUGAUUUCAGAAACGCCAUUACAUAACGUAAAGCCACAUUUAAACGAUACGUUUUCACCCGUCAAACCGUCCUUACCGUGCGAAUUGCUCGCAGGCAUACCGCAGAUACCGGAUGUAGUCAUAACCCAAGACGUAACAGGACGAUCGCAGGCAACCAUGCAAUCACUAGAGAGUAUCAAAAGUUUGGACCCGAAGUCACCCGAAUGCUCCCUAGAUAAAACACCAGAGAUAAUCGAAAUCAUGGACAGUCCCGCUAGCAUUGCGUUCGGCAAAUGCAUGCAAGGCAGUGGUAGCGGUUCCAGCACUCCUGUGAUCCUUAACGCGAUGCUGCAUCAAACUCGGUUAACGAAUCAUGAUCAACGUAAGCGUUCACUCUCCACUAGUGCAGCGGAUGCCAAGAAGCGUAAUGUUACGUUCCACAGCCCAGCGAAUAGUACCGCCAUGCUAGAUGAUAUCGAUAAACCUGUGAUCGCAAAGCCUAUACCUAGGAAGCGUUCAUUGUCCGAACAUAAGGAAGGACCCAAACCCAGCAAAAUAAGCAAACUUCCGAAUUUUAAGAACAUUCAUGCAAAUCAUUUCAAUCGCAUGGAAUCCAUAGCUGAUUUCAUGAAGCGCAAAGAAAAGCGUGCACAGGUCAUCAUGACUGCAGCAAGCCCCGGUUUAAAGUUACUAUCCCAAGAUUCCGCCCCAUCAUCCACACUUACGAAAGCUCAUCAUUCUAAGACAAACACCGCACCGCAAACACCGCAAAAAGUAUACAUCUUCAAGUCUGGGAAUCGCGGAAAGGAUAAAAUAGGCGAAGGUACAUCCAAUGGAGCAUCAUCGUCAGAACCGUCUGCUAACUUUUCGUCGGCCGAUAGACUAUUCAACCGAAACAAAGUAACGAAGACCAUGAUGGGCAGGGAUCAAAAACAAACGAACAACCGGCAAAUGCAGUACAAGACCUCUAAAAUACCGACCAAGCAGAAUACAAAAACAGCAAAUACGAACGCGCAUGGGGCCACGUCAUCUGUACCAACUUCGACCGUAACUACCGUUCGCCCGGUGGAUCGUCUCCGUCAAAAACAAUCGCAAAUGUUAAAAGGGGUGCGCUUUAACCGUCGGUUCGAGCUGCAAAUGAAACAUAGAGACAAUCUACAACAGCAUUAA